AUGACUGUUGAUCAAAAACCGGCUGAAAAGGGGUCACGAGUUCCUUUCAGUCUUUGGACUUCAACCAAGGCCCCAAUUGUCAACGAGGAUCCUCAAUCAGGUGCCAGUGAUUCGACUGUUUCGGAUGGUCCAGCUUCUGAUAUCGUUAUCAUCGAACAAGCCGAAAAGGACAGGAUAAAAGCACGGCUUAAACGAAGCAGCUCCAGGUUGUUAUCAUUACUCGGAUUUCGGGGCUCGUAUAUCGCUGUCAAGACAUUGUCCCCCCAGUCAGAGAGCCUUUCAGACUUGGAGAAUAUUAACUGUGCACCAAAACCAUCACAUUUAGUUCCAGAAGGGGAUCAUACUCCGCCCAAGAAUACAGGUUCCCCGCAAGACAGAAAACGGGUUGAUUUGCCUGUCGGAACUGAUAUUGAAUGCCCUGUAAUAUCGUUCGAUACAUUGAAUAACCCAUCUCCAAAAAAUAAGAGGAGUCGACAAAAGACCGAAAUUCUGUCUCGACAAGAGAAAACGGAGACUCCUGAGCAGGACAAUGCUGUGACCCGCAAUGUUCGACGGAGUCGCUCAAGCCCAACGGAUCUUGCCAAUAUCUUCUCUUGGACAAUGUCAACGACAUUCGGGAAUUCAACUGUGAUUCACCGUACUAAUAUUCGCCCCAGACCCAGAAUCCAAGGUGUUCAACUCCAAGAAGCAUCCAACGACCCUCUCAGUAAGCAGGGUGAUAGCACCAAUGACAGCUCUGACCCCUCAACACCUACCAGUGGUACUGGUUCUCCAUUCUCUACGAGCUCAACGUCUGCAACUUCGGAGCCGUCAUCUAACCUUUCGGAAAGGUGGAAAUGGCUUCCUGAUAUUGGCAUGGCAGGUAGCCACAAUUUACUCGCCCGUAAUCAAGAACCAAGCAAAAAGCCCAAUCCAACAGAGGCACCUUAUCCGUUGCCUACAAUUGUUACCGUUGAAGCCACUGCCAACGCAAAGGUAUUCUUUGAAACAUAUUUUAGUUCCAUGGUUCCAGACCUGGAUCUACGUGCUCAGCGCAAGCGCGAGCUAGAGCAAUACAUUUACUCUUUGCCACUCACGGCAGAAGAGCAGACGAAAGCAAGAAAAGAUUGGAUCAUGCAAGAGAGAAAUUAUCUUCGCCAAUACCGAGUUCUCAAAUCUCGCUCCCAUAGUACUCGUCAUGAGGAAACAGUCUCAAUUGCGGGAUAUGAACCUUUAAAAAUCCUGGGCAAAGGAAGCUUUGGGUUAGUUCGCCUUGUGAAAGAAAAGGGAGGGAGAGAAAGUGAAAUCAGUGGCUCAGGUGAAGAAAAUUUGUCUUUGCAAAGUGAAGCUGCCUAUUCUAUAGCUGGUGCUUUCGGUGCUAUAAGAUCGGUCAUCGAUGGGAACAAGUACAGUUGGCGGAAGGAAACGACCGGAAUGCGAAAAGAGGUAUAUGCCAUGAAGGUUAUCCGCAAAUCAGAGAUGAUACGGAAUAGUCAGGAAGGCCACUUGCGGGCUGAGCGAGACUUCCUCGUUGCUUCGGCAGGGUCUCGUUGGGUGGUACCUUUGAUUGCAAGCUUUCAAGACAUCAAUAAUCUUUAUCUCGUUAUGGACUACAUGGUCGGUGGAGACUUUCUGGGUCUUUUGCUACGCCGUGACGUCUUGUCGGAGAAAGAGACAAAAUGGUAUGUCGCAGAGAUGAUCCUAUGCAUUGAGGAAGCCCAUCGACUGCGCUGGAUUCAUCGAGAUGUCAAACCAGAUAAUUUUCUCAUUUCAGCCUCUGGCCAUUUGAAGAUAUCGGACUUUGGGUUAGCCUUUGACGGACACUGGGCUCAUGAUCAGGCAUAUUACAAUGAGCACAGGUACUCCUUGAUGAAAUACCUUAGAAUCCAGGUUGACGGCGAUGCUGAGGACCGGAAAGACGCGAAAAAGGCAAAUAAAUCGGUCGUUAUCAAGCAAAGCGCUCACAUCGAAGACUCUAACAAUGCACCGCCAAAUACUGAUCUUCUUGGAUGGCGUGACAAGAACCAAAGGCGAAAAUGCACCAGGAGCGUCGUUGGGACAAGUCAAUACAUGGCGCCUGAAGUUGUCAGGGGAGAUAUAUACGAUGGAAGGUGUGACUGGUGGAGUGUGGGAGUUAUACUGUUCGAAUGUCUUUAUGGUUAUACGCCUUUCGCUGCCAAAGAACGCCAUGAUACCAAAAUGAAAAUCCUUCGACAUCACCAGACAUUACAUUUCCCGGUGUCAAGAACCUCUGACAAAAUUGUUUCUACAGAAGCAAUUGACCUCAUUAUACGGAUGCUCCAAGAAAAGGAGGAUCGUCUUUGCUCUCACAAAUACAGAUACAACGACGUCAUGAAUUCGCGCUCGAUUUCGAGAUACCCAUGGUGCAAUAUCGAUCCACAUAACAGAAAUUAUCAAGGUUUCUACGUAUAUGCAGAUGAUGCAGCUGAUAUCAAAGCCCAUCCAUUUUUCAAUGGUAUCAGGUGGGAGUCGCUUCAUCAGUCGAAGCCGCCAUGGACACCGAAAUUCAAAAGUUGGGAAGAUACCAGAUAUUUUGAAGAUGCGGACUAUAUAAGUGAGGGCAAUGGAAUCUCCGCCAAUUCAGAUGGAGAACCGUGUGAGAACAACGCCGGCGCAGAGGGUUUACAGGCAGUGAAUCUGGGAGGAGUCUACGUGCAGCAGUCUCCAGCCAAUCUCAAGGUUUGCGCAAAGAACGAAAAGGAGGCUAUUAAAAAGCAGUUAGCGAAAGCCCAUAAGAAGGAUAAAGAGAAAAAACGGGCCCGAGACAAGAUUUUACGUGAUGAAAAAGUGGGAAAGACGGUGAUGGAUAUGCGCAAGAAGGGUGCUUUCCUGGGGUACACUUAUCGUCGACCUAAGGGCGUUGCGAUAGCACUGAAUCCCGAAAGAGGGCGGCCAUUUCGGCAAAGAGGACACUUGUCAGAUUUAUAUGUCUUUUAA